AUGGUUGAUAGUCAACCAUGUUGUGCUAAAUGUUAUGAAGAUAGACAUGCAAAACGAUGUAGUCUUUGUCAGAAAGUUAUUAUUGCUGAUGUUGAAUAUCUUGAAUUUGAAGAUAAAUAUUGGCAUAAAGAAUGUUUUACAUGUUCAAAUUGCCAGAAAGGUAUUGCUGAAGAAAGUUUUUAUCAAGAUGGGAAUUUAAUUUUAUGCAAAGACUGCAGUUAA